GGCGUGUUUCUUCCUCGAUACCAAGCAUGCUCGGGAAAUACCUUAACUCAGCCUGAAUUAGACGCAUAAUCUAGAGGUAUUCCGAAUGAGAAGCUGCAACAAAGGAACUACUGGUCCGUUACAGGUAUGGGCAUGAUAACGGGUUUAUUCAUGAAACGUGGUUAAAUACCAUUUCACAAGGGAAGAGGAAAGCACAAGAGACAGUCACACCAUGUAUUCGUGGAACUAUAAGGAUGAAAACAAAAACAUUCCCUACAGUACGUCCCCGACAACAUUUGGGAGGAGUUCCCCAGAUGGAGAUUCAUCGGACAGUGAGGAAUACGAGGGACCCCAGGACCCUAACGGGCGCCGUGGACGGCCCCGGGCCGACGCUAUUACCAAGCUGAUAUUCAAGGGAGCCGUGUCUAUGAGUAGUAUACGGUGCGAGACCUGCAAUCGAGUCUUCCCACGUGAGAAAUCUCUACAGGCUCACAUGAGAACUCAUACAGGCGAGAGACCAUACCUUUGUGACUACCCCAGUUGUGGAAAAUCUUUCUGUCAAAGCGGACAGCUGAAAACACACCAACGACUACACACAGGAGAAAAGCCAUUCAUAUGCUCUGCUAACGGAUGCGAGAGCCUAUUUACUCACGCCAACAGACAUUGUCAGGAUCAUCCGUAUGCAUCACUCAAACGAGUCAACCCACAGAUCACCAUCAAUGGACUCCAGAAACUCAUCCAAAGCGAGUCAAACCCAGCAGUCAGAGAUUGGCUCACAAGACAAAUUACCAAUAAGGAAGAGCGCAUAUUUAACAGACAGAGACCUGGGAAUGUGAAACGUGUCAAAAAAUCUUCACAGGAAGUCAAUAUCAAGAUAGAACCAGAACUGCUUCCAGUUCCUGAUGAGAAUGUCAUGCCCCUUCAUCAACAACAGCAGGAGGAACAAAUGAUGGAAGAGCGUCUGUUAGAGUCGAUGACGAGCCAUCACCAACACCAUCAUCACCAAGAACAACAGCCACAUCAGGUUCACAUGCUCAAUGGUCAGUGUAACAUGCCCUUGAACAACAACCACUAUAUGAUGCCAAUGAACAAUAACAUGUGCGACAUGAGCAUGAACAAUCACUACGACAUGAACAUGAGUAAUCACUGUAACCUCAGUGUCCAUGGUUUCGAGGACCCUCAGCCAAUCAUACUUCCACAGAACCAGCUACAGCCUGUGGAUUCCGACUAUGACUACCACACAAUUGACCCCUACCAGCCUGUCGACUACGACUAUUUACCUCAGAAAGAGGCACACGAAAUGACCCUAAGUGAGCAAACAGACAAGUGGAUAUCGGCACUCGCACUCGUGGAGUUAUCUCAUGGCAUGGCGUAAAUUAUUGACCCUAUAUAUAGCGACAUCACUAACCAAGGCCAUAAUUGACUGUUACAGAACCUCACAACACUUUGGACGUGGACAGUAACAAUGGACUGUUCUCAUAUGGCUAUGGUUGCUGUCCACAUUUCAAAGAUUGUGAGAUAUCUUUCAUAGCUAUAUUUUCCGUUAAUGUAAACUCCAUACUGCCACAAGAUUGCCAAGAGAGUGCAUCCAUUAUUGUUCUUGUGUCCACAUGUUCAUCAGCAUUCUGAUCAAAAUUAGAAAUCCAUCAAUUAUGGCUUUCCUUACAUAUGAAAUGUUUCUCUCCUUUAUAUUUUAAGUAGUAGUUAUUUUACUACUGUUCAAUAUAGAUCUGUUAUAAUACUCGUAUAUCAUGUCUCAUAACCUUUCUUGUCUAUUUCUUUUAACAUUUACCUCCCUUGACAUAGCUCUUCAACAGUGAAGACAGAUUAAAGCUUUACACCUUAGUUGACCGUCCAUCCUGUCCAGUCAUCUGGGCGUGGUACCCAGUCAAUAUCAGUCAAUGUGUAUCUCGCCCUACUGUUUUGUUUUCAGUACAUAUACUGCAAUAAACGUCCAAUUAAUUAUUAUGUAUAUAUCCUGGUAGUAUUAUAAUGCUUUCAUCUCAUUAUUUAGUACAUUCCAUCAAAAACUCAAUUUUUACCGAUAUAUUUUGUUUAUUUUUGUUAAGACUUUUCAUUCCAUAAUGAACAAUACAUAUUUUUUCUUCAACAAAAUGAAAAUUAAUGUUCUUAAAAUCAAAAAUUAAUUUUACUGAUACAAUAUAUUUACGCGUGUUAGAGUUGUUCUGAACGCUGGUUGUUAAAUGAUACUGGUUGAUAGUCUUUGUGUGAUGGCAUAUAUCUCUGAAAUUGUACAUCAGUCAAAAGAUAUCUUACUCUUGUAGACUUGUAUACAGUAGAGCCAGACUAGAACUGACAUACUGGGUAUGCUAUAUAUAUACUUACUGUAUACUUAUAGCAACCAGUUCACGUUGCCAAGAGGACAGGGCUAGUGAAUGACCUGCACAUGACCUUCACAUGACCUUCACAUGACCCACUGUGUUGUGAAGAUCCUUGUUAUGUUUGACGCAUGUUUGGAGAUUUUAUGAACCAUAAUCACGUUUAAAAUUGUUUUUUAUUGCAUUGGUGUCGCCUAUCUGUGAUUACUCAAGUAAAUGACAUUGAACUCCAAUUACUAAGUCAAUGACGUUUUACCAUUGAUGACUCAAGUCAUCGGCUUUGAUCUUUGAUUACACAUGUCAAUGACCUUUAGCCUUUGAUUACUUAAGACUUCGGUAAUUAACCUUGACAUUUGAUUACACAAAUAAAUAAUCUUUGGCCUGUGAUUAGUCCUGUCAGUGACCUUGACCCUCUGAUUACAGAAGUCAAUGACUGUUCACCUUUGGUUGCUAAGUCAAUGACCUUGACCUUUGAUUACACAAGUCAAUUACUUUUUGCAUUUGAUUAGUGAUUACUCCUGUCAACGAACUUGACCUUUGAGUUUCCAGGUUUGGCUGCAACACCAGAUAGUAUAUCAUAUUCUAUUAGAGCCAGACAUUUUGAUAACAGUUAUAGGAAUAUUAUUUAUAUAAUAUAUUCCUAUGACCAGUAUAUUAAAGUGCUUGGACCUGAUGAGUUAAUGGUCUUAUUUCAUCAAUACUUUUUUUUUUUCCUGCAUAAAAUCCAGACCAAUAAUGUUGUAUUAUAUUGUACAUGUAUACUUUUUUGCAUGUGUACCGAUAAACAUUCCUUGUAUGUAUAAAAUCAUAUGAACAUUCCUUAAACAUUUCCAUCAAAUUUGUGUGCGAGACAAGAAAUGAAAGUGAUAAUACAUGUUAGAUUAUUAGUCUAUUGAGAUACAAAUCCAUGGAAAGCCCUUCAGUUCUUCACCUUAAUGUUAAUACGACACAGCAGAAAUCCAUAGAUCUAUAUAUAAAGUUGGAAUAGUUAUUGUAAAUAUAACCAUAGAAAUAUAACAGUUAAAAGAUAUAUACAAAAGAAAUCUUGUACAUAACUUUAUUUAUUUAUACAAAAUUUGGCAAUUUUAGUGUAUAUAUUUAUAAAAUUUAUUUAUGAUUACCAUGGUAAUGCACAAAGUGGUAUACUUAAUGUUUGUUAUGGAUUCAUUUCUUCAUAAUAAGGAGAAUUGAUAGAGGCAUGUUAACAUUUAUAGGGUGUGUUUUUUUUAAUAAUAGAGGGUUUAAUGCUUUAGGGAACGGUCGUCAUAGCGACGGAUGCUCCAGGGCAAAGGUUAGUGGCUAUAGAUGUAUAUAUAUAUGUAAAAUAGAGUUGUUUUUUAUGUUAUUUUGUUAAAUCCUUAGAUGUGUGAUGAGAAGUCUGCCGUCCAUAUAAGUGUGAGAGUGAACAACACAUAAUCAAUAUCAUUUACCUGUAAUAGAUGAUAAUAUUGUUGAGUUUUACAUUAACAUGAAUAUAUAUUCCAGAUAUUAGUUUGCAGAAUAUAUAGAACUUAUGUCUCUUUGUUAUUCCCUUUUUCCUAUAGAUCUGAAAAUAUUGUUAAGAUAAACAACUUAAUUUACAAUUAUAUGACUGCUGAGUAUAGGGAUUGACAUCAGCUAUACUGUGAAUACUACUCGGUCACAGGGACUUGGCACAAGUUUUCAAACCAUGGUCCAUAUAUAUGUAUUAUAUGUACCAGGGGUUGGAAGUUCAUGCCAGGUCCCUGUGCUCUCUGUCAAAAAACUGUCUCUUUGAUAAAAGUUUGUAUUUUAAUAUGUACUGGAGACAAUGUUGGAUACUAUGUGAUAAUAGAAUGAUGGGCCGUAUGUUAGGGUCCAUCUUGUGUCGACAAAGACAUUUUCUACAUUUGUAACAUUCCAUUGCUUUUUUUUUUGUUAUUUUAUCAAUCAUAGUAUGCAGGCUUAGUCUUUAACCAUUCUCUUUAGAGAUAAAAUACUAGUUUAACAUUAGAUUCAUCAUGUCAUCCAUCACCCUUUCAGACAUGUUUACAUUAACAGUUUGCUUCGGAUGUGAAUUAUACUACAAGUUGAUACUGGUGCUGCUUUCUAGGCUAUAUCUCCCAUUUCAUUUUUUUCCCAACCAUUUUGUCUCUUUUCCUUAAAAUUACCAUUUAAAACUCAUUUUCAUAAUAAUACUACACCAUCGACUUAAAUACUUUCUAGAUUAUUUUUUAUUAUUAUUUUGGUUUAUUGAUACAUCACGAAAUCCUUCAUUUUUGCGUUUCUUCAUUAUGAUCAUGAAUAUUUUUUGUUAUUCAAACAAUUUGUUAAUUAUACACAAUAAAUACAAGCAAUAUUUUUCAUAGACUUGAUAUAGAAUGUAUUCCCAUAUUACAAAGUAUAAAUGAAUGCAUGCAGCUUACUCUAUCUCCUAAUGGUUGUGAAAUUUGUUGUUACCUCUACAUGUAAUCCUCCAAGAAAGUAAAGCCUUUCUUACACAGAUGCUGGAGUUGUUUGACCUUUCCCUUCAGAAGGCAAGAAAAGUAAUGUUUGUCUAAGGAAAUUGUGAUGUCAGAAACAUAACAAGGGCUGUAACUCUGUAAUGUAACAAGAUCCGAAACUCACGUUUACUGGAGGUAGUAUGACACAAAACUCAGUUUGGUCUAGACAAAAGUGAAAUAGUAAUUGACUAUUAGAGAAGUGAAAACCUCAGGCACUUUCAAUCCCUCUGGUGUUAUCCACAGGGGAUUAAAUACUGCUUACUGUUGAGAAAGACCACAAUGAUAUCAGUAUCUAAUUUUUAUCUGAAAUUAGGAGUCUUGCACCAAUACUAGGUUUUUUGGGGUUUUUUUUUCUUAGCUGGAGGAUGGGUCAAUCAUUUCUAGUGUCUGCAUGUUCUUAUUCUGUGUUCAAAAUAGCUUUAACAUUUAUCCAUAAAUGGUCAAAUUUUGAUUUGUAUAAAAGUGAAAUCGAACUGGUUUCAAAUCAGUCUUCCAAAGUUUUGUGAAAUCUAUUCAUGCAUAUUGUCAAAAUAUGUAGGAAUUCCAAAACUACUGUAAUGUUCUGAAGAAUAUUUGCAAUCAAUAGCCUUUGUUACCAAUAAAAAGGAAACUUGUAACUUAAAGCACAAAACACGCUGGACUAUUUCUAUAAACAGCAUUACCUCAGAAAUCUGGACUAUUGUAAUGGAAUGUUUUUUAAAAUCGGCAUUUAGAAUCAAAAUAUCAGAAAGAUAGUUAAUUCUUCAAUCAGGGAUGUAUAAUGAGAUUGUAAUUCUCUGCUUCAAUAAAAAAAAAA